CCUGUCAGUGUUCAAGAGGCCUUUGGAGACUGCCUUCAUUAAUAUGCCUUCUCUUUUCAUUAGCCCUGAAGUGGUCGGGCAGUUGGACUGGGUGAUCGUUGUGGGUCUGUUCCAACGGAACUAUUCUGUCACGCUCAAACGAGUGCCCACCAUCCUGUCUAGGCAACUGGUAUGGGAGCUUAAAGGGCUAUAACACUGCUGGUCGCUAAGUCUUUACAGCUUGCCUUUCAUACGACUAGGGGUGGACGCACAGCCAAAAGGUGCAUUUUCUUGGUUAGCAGGCCAUGUAGGACUCAGCCCUACCUCAGCAGAAGUCACCCAAGAGGAGAAGAGGGAAGGAGCAAGCUUACAAGUCCCUUUUUUUAUUUUUGAGAGCAGUUUGGAGGGGGUUCGGAGCCCCGGGGAGCUCACUGCUCUUGGGUUUGUAGGUUGUGGGUGCCGGGGCCUUGGUGCCCAAGGCAGCCGUGCAUCAGCUGGGCGGUGGGGCGUCUGUGACACGGCUCUGACGCCUGUCACAUGUCAGAGGACAUGUCACAAUGGAGAGCUGUCUUCAAGGGAGCGAGCGCCAGGCAGUGCGCUUCAUUUGGACUUGGGCGAUCGGUGAAUAUGGCCGUGGCCGAGUGGAUUGUCUUUGCCCUGUCUGUGCUGGGAAGCCAGUAUGUGGGGCAUGUCAACGAACAGGCUGACAUGUCCACGCUCGAGCAGAUGUGGCAGCGUGAGGAGCAGCUGAGACAGGAGAUGGCUCGGCUGCUAGACAAGAUGAAGCACAAGGUGGUUGUGGAAGAAGCCACGCUCUCCACUGUGUUCCAGCAGUGGCAUAUCUGGGCCGUUGUUGGAGCCUUUCUCGUGCUCUGCGGGCUCUGCUGGCUGGCCAGGCGAAGGAAGACAAAGUCUGCCAGAAGCAGAAAGGAGAUCAGCUCGAGCAGUGAGGGGGAGGGGGAAGAGAACAAGGGAAAAGUCCGCAGUGGUGCACGGCGUGCUUUCAGGUCUUCAGCAAAGCGCACCUUUGGGCCCCUGCAAGAAUUGACCAACUUGUGCAAGGAGCUAGUAGGAGACCUCCUCUGCAUCAGCCAAGCACUUUGCAGGAAUAUUUUCAUGCCACAGCUGCAGCUAGCCACAGGGACGCACAGCACCUACAACGGCUGGAGUCUUCAGGAGGAUGGCUUAUUCUACCGCGUGCAUGUGUUCCUGGAUCCACCUCCCGGGUUCUCCUUCCUCCUCAACUUGGACCCCACAGGGCAGUGGCCAGCAAGGCAGUCUGACGUCCGUCUGGAACUGAAUUGCGUGUGCUCCAGGGAGAGGCUGCUGGGGGACGUGAAGUGCAUCCUCCACCAUCUCAAUGACAACGUGGGGAAGUAUCUGGCCUUGCGUCUCCUACGCACCCUCUGCACCAAAUUCUACCUAGACACGGAGAAAGUCGCCUCCUGGGUCCAAGUGCUGGUGAAAAAGGCCUGGGUGCUUUUGCCUAUGUCGCACCACUGCCAGCUAACAGUGCUGCCCUCCUCCCACUCCUGCAAGUUACAGGUGACAAACGCCUCCCAGAGGUCCAUCUUCAUCGAGAUGAUUAUUGCCAUGCAGCAAGCUGAAUAGGACUCCUUAUGCUGCAGCAUCAGCUAGGCAGGGGCUGGCUUCACCAUCAGCACGCCGUGAGAGACAACGUCACGUCAUGACCAUCAGCUGCGCUUCUUGAGGCUCACGGCGAGGCACGCCUGCCAGAACAGCUUCUACGUCCUAUGCCGCAGCUCUGCACCAUAUCCUGGAAGGCACAGACUGUUCCACCUCUUCCUCAAAGGCAGCUGUGAUGCACCUCCUGAUGACGACACCCUUGCCAAGAUGGCACAGGAGGUUUCCUGCUGCAGCUGGAUGACAUCCUCUGGU